CUCAUUCUCCGGUGCGUACAGAAGCUCAUCCAGUAUGUAUGCGCUGCCAACGGUCGAAGAAUCAAUGCACCUACGGGGUUCGCCUUCAAUGGGAGGAUGAUAUGCGGGCCGCGGGGAAAUGCCAUGGACGAACCGGGAUCGUAGCCAGAAGGGGUUCGCUUCGAUGCAAAGAAUCUGAAGAGGACGAUCAACUUCCGUCUUCGAAGCGGAUCGAACGCAAAGAUCAACUUGGUAGCGACGGGGAAUCCGCUUUGAUCCUCACUCCACCCUCUUCGCACAGCCCACUGCGGGCCGCGACGUCAAAAAGCGUUUCUUUUUUGACCCGAGACACAUAUCAGAGUCAGUAUCAUCACUGGAAAGAAAGCAAGGUCCAGUCAUCAAGUACCAAUUUCCGAACCUUGCCCUGGACCCUCGGUGUACCGGACGUUGAUGAUGUGUGCUUGUCGUUUUACGAGUCGAUGAUGAUGUGCCCUGCUGCCGUUACUAUCGACAACGAGGAAACCAAUCCUCUUCGCAAUACAGUAAUGCGCAUGGUAUUUCGGUCUGAAUUGGCAUAUUAUUCUGUACUCAUGACUAGCGCGCAGUACCUGAGAUCAAUCGAUAGUCGCUUUGAACUAUUUGAAAUUCAGGUCCGGCAAAGGGUACUCAAAGGCUUGCGUCAAGCGUUAGCGAAAAGUUGUUUUGAGUUUGAAGACGUGCUGCUGCCGACUAUAUUCCUCUGCUCUUCGGCUAUAUCCCAAAGCUGUGACGCCUCUUGGGUUCGCCACCUGACAUGUUUCCAGAUGGUCAUCAAGCAGAGGGUUCGUCGCCACACAAAAACAUAUGUGCCGCAACUAUUCAUGAGUUACUUCUCAGCGCAUCUAGUGCUGGCAAAGUCCCUUUUCCAAAUUGACAAGGUACUACCUGCUGUAGAAGUGCGGAACGAUCCCUCGUCACCCGUAGAAGAAGAGACCUGCUGGACUUCUUCAGAGUCACUGUCCAAGGCCAUGAAACCGGAUACGCUUCGCGAAAUUGACGUGUGGAAUGGCAUGAGUAACCGCAUGCUCCUGCUUAUUAAUGAUAUAUUGAGCCUCAAGGAUGAUUUGCAGGUCAUGUAUGGAGAAGGGUUCGAAGUUGAAGAGAGACGAAGCGCCAUCGAGGCCAAAAUUAUCACUUUACAAAGGAAUCUCCAGGACACAACACAUUUGCUCCCUGCAUCACUGCGACGAUGUCAGGAUUCCGCCGAGGUUGUCCAUAGGCGUCGUCUUCUUGAGUACACUGGCGAAUCCUAUCGUCUUGCUGCGUGCCUGCUUCUCUCAGAAGCGUCCACGCCAGCUUUCCUCGGCUACACCAGUGAACACAGUCUGGGGUUGGAUGCAACGCGGAAGCAGCGCCAUGUCGACUAUAUCCUAUCUCUGGUAGAAUCAAUAGUCUCAUCGCUGGAUCACCUCCCAAUCUCCUGGCCUUUAUGGCCACUCUUCAUUGCCUCGUGCUGCAGUACGACCGAAUCUGAGAAAGCACGGGCCUUGGCACAAUUCCAGGCAGCUCAGGCAAAAGCCCCGUAUGAGAAUACGGUACGGGCACAGACGGUUGUUGAAUUACUGUGGCAGCGACGUGAGCUUUAUGUGGCAGGGGAGAGAACACGAACCGGUCGGUUUGAGUGGGAGUUGGUGAUGGAAUUCCUGGGGUGGCAGACGAGCUUCGCCUGAGGAUUCUUCGUCACCUUAUUCACGUGCACAUGAUUUCCAGCUGUAUACCCCAGGCAUCGUUUCCAGAAUUAAGCAGUAUCAAGAUUUUUUUCACUUUUUCAACCCUACUGCACACUUAUCCUCUUGCACCUGCUUCUAUCCUAUCCUACAAACAGUACCGAUAAUUUUCGUUCUGCCAAUCUGUAAUAUCGCCUGAAUCGUUGUGGCCCGAAUACGCCUGGACAGC